ACACCGAACCUUGAUCUUGAGUCGUUUAUUUUCAUUUUUCAAAUGAGUAAUGAUCAGUUGGUGUGGUGCAACGAGUGAGUAUAGAGUUGGAUAAAUAUAAAUAAAACAUCGAUAUUUUAUCGUAUUGACUCACCUUUCCGACCCGCGUUAAAUGAAAUGCAGUGCUGGUGAUUAAGGACAACAAAGAGAAACAAUAAAUCAUGGCAACCCAAAAAGAAGUUGGCGUAGGCGAUUUCGUCCUCAUGGACAAAAUCGACCUGGAAAAUUUUAUGAGAAAUCUUGAACUAAGAUUCAAAAAUGGUUACAUCUAUACUUACAUUGGGGAAGUAUGUGUUUCAGUUAACCCUUAUAGAACGAAAAAUAUCUACGGGACUGACCAAAUAAACCAGUAUAAAGAUAGAGAACUUUUCGAAAACCCGCCUCACAUUUUUGCUAUCGCCGACGCUUCCCAUAAGGUGAUGAAGCAACAGGGGAAAGAUACGUGUAUCGUUAUCAGCGGCGAAUCCGGAUCUGGGAAAACUGAGGCCUCGAAAAUUAUCAUGAAAUACAUAGCAGCCGUAACGAAUCAGGGAGGUCAAAAGGAAAUCGAACGUGUUAAGGACGUUCUGAUCCAGUCGAAUUCAAUUUUAGAAGCAUUCGGUAACGCCAAAACUAACAGGAACGACAAUUCUUCCAGGUUCGGUAAAUACAUGGAUAUCCACUUUGAUUUCAAAGGCGACCCAAUCGGUGGUCACAUUAAUAAGUAUUUGUUGGAAAAAUCGCGUGUGAUACACCAACAACCCGGAGAAAGAAACUUCCAUUGUUUUUAUCAGCUUUUAUCGGGAGCGAAUGAAGACUUGUUGAAAAGACUGAACUUAUCUCGUGAUACCCAUCAGUAUUUCUACGUGAAGCAAGGAAAUGCGGCCGUAGUUAACACAAUAAACGAUAAAAACGAUUAUCGCGAAGUAUCUUCAUCAUUGAACACACUCCAAUUCAGUAAACAAGAACAGGAUACGUUGUGGAAAGUAGUAGCCGCCACUUUGCAUUUAGGUAACAUAGAAUUCGAAAUUGACGAAGAAGAUAAAUUGAAAUUGAAGAAAACCAAAGGCGUUGAUUAUGUCGCUGAAUUAUUGCAAGUGAAAAGAAGCGAUUUGGAAACCGCUCUUUGCGAAAGAGUCAUCGCUGCCAGAGGAGACAUUAUGAGAAAAGAACACACUGUAACAGAAGCAGUUUUCGGUAGAGACGCUUUCGCUAAAGCAGUAUACGAUACACUUUUUACUUGGAUAGUUAAUAAAAUCAACGCUGCUAUAGCUGUUGAUAAAACUAAUUUGAGGAUGACUUACAAGAGUUCAUUGAUUGGUGUAUUGGACAUUUAUGGAUUUGAAGUGUUCGAUAACAACAGUUUCGAACAAUUUUGUAUAAAUUAUUGUAAUGAAAAGUUACAACAACUAUUUAUUGAAUUGGUGCUUAAACAAGAACAAGAAGAAUAUAAUCGUGAAGGUAUCGCUUGGACCAAUAUUGAAUAUUUUAAUAACCAAAUUAUCUGUGAUUUAGUGGAAGCGCCCCACAAAGGUAUUAUUUCUAUAAUGGAUGACGCCUGCAAAAUGACAGCUGAAAAAGUAACCGACGAAAUGCUGUUAGAAGCCAUGGACAAAAACCUAAAAGGUCAUAAGCAUUAUGUUUCGAGACAGACUAAGCCACCGGAAAAAAAUCUUAGACAUAAAAUUGAUUUUCGUAUAACUCAUUACGCUGGUGAUGUAACUUAUUGCAUAACAGGGUUUUUGGAUAAAAAUAAAGAUACGCUAUACCAAGAUUUUAAAAGAUUGUUGUACAAUUCGAAAGAUCCGAAUAUUAAGGAGAUGUGGCCAGAAGGAGCUCAACAUAUUUCAGAGAUCACCAAAAGACCCCCUACGGCUGGAACGCUUUUCAAAAAUUCCAUGUUGGCACUCGUUCAAAAUUUGCAAAAUAAAGAACCGCACUACGUGAGAUGUAUAAAACCGAAUGAAAUUAAAUCCGCAUCUGCCUUUGACGAACAAAGAGUACGACAUCAAGUUAGCUAUUUAGGACUUGUAGAAAAUGUUAGAGUAAGAAGAGCUGGAUUUGCUUACAGACAACGAUACGAUAGAUUUUUGAAGAGGUACAAAAUGAUUUCCCAGUUCACUUGGCCGAACUUCAGAUCCGGAUCAGACAAAGACGCUUGCAAAGUGAUAAUGGAUGAAAACAGAUUCAGCGACGACGUAAAAUACGGCAAAACAAAAAUAUUCAUUCGAACCCCACAAACACUCUUCGCAUUAGAACGUGCCAGAAACAGUCUUAUACCGGGAAUCGUUACAUUGAUCCAAAAAACAUGGAGAGGAUACGUAGCCAGAGAACAGUACAAGAGAAUGAAGGCACUAAUGACAAUGAUCAAAGUAUACAGACAGAAAAAGAUGAGGGAAUACAUUUGCGCUUUGGACGAUAAAUUCAAAAACGCCAAGAAAAUGAGAGAUUACGGAAAGAGUAUAUUGUGGCCGGCUCCACCUUUAUCUUUAAGAGAAACCACUAAACAUUUAAAAAAUAUAUUCAACAAAUGGAGAGCCAGCAUGAUCCUGAAACGUAUACCGCGCAGCGAAUGGCCCCAAAUGAAACUGAAGAUAACCGCGGCAAGCGCAUUGAUAAACAAACGACCCCAUUACGGCGUAAACAGAAAAUGGGAGGGCAACUACCUCUCGUCGCACAUUGAAAACAACAACUACACCGUAUACAACGAAGCGGUAAAUAACCUCAAAAAUACCAAACAUUUCACCGACGUUCUAUUCUCUUCGUUCGUAACGAAAUUUAAUAAAUUCAAUAAAGUAGCCGAAAGGGUGAUGCUCAUAACGGAUCAGUUCGUUUUCAAAUUGGAUACGAUGAAAUUUAGGAAUAUGAAGGAAGGAACGACGAUCGGGGAAUUGACGGGAAUUAGUGUCAGUCCCGGACACGAUCAAUUGAUUAUCUUGCAUUGUCCCGGCGGGAACGAUCUGGUCGUUUCCCUACAUUGUGAUAAGCAAGAAGAUAGGAUCGGGGAAUGUAUCGGAGUUUUAUGUAACAGAUACUACCAGAUUAAAAAAGUCGAUUUACCUGUAAAAGUAUCGAAGAACUUAUCUUGCAGUCUGGGUAAGAAACAGAGGCGAAUCAACAUUCAAGUAUCAGCAGCUGAGCAACAAUCGACUUUCAAAAGGGACGGCAACGAUAUAUUGUAUCUUAUACCAUCGACGUAUUCCAUACUAGAAAACGGCAAUAAUCAUAUUAAACAGUAGGUUAUAUAUAAAAAGGGUGAUAAUGGAGUUAUAUUAUCUUUUCAGUUACUCCGAGGGAUGACUUACUGUUUAGGUAAGCUUCAUGGAUACAAAACCAUUUGAGCGCGAUAGAUUUAACCUGAAACGGAUCUAUAUUUAAACGAUCAAUUAUAUGCACGUAAAACAAAUGAUUAUGCAUAAAUGGUAUCAGAGUCAUCCGUUGGAGUUAUCGAAGAGGAACAUAUAGCUUUGCUAUAUUUUGUACUAAAAUGCUAUUUUUGGGAUUUAGGAAAACUGCUUUCUUACCAAAACCAAAAAUUUUCUUUAUUUAUCAGUGUUUUAAUUCCUCUAAGAAUGUAGCACAAGAAACAACUAGUAUUUGAUUUGGUUUUUGGUAGGUAGUCUUGUAAAAAAUGUGUCAUAAUAUUUUCUUGGGUUUAUACAUUUUAUUCUUAUUAACUUUUCUUCCUUUAUACAGGGUUUUUCAUCAAUAAUUAUUUAAACAUAUAAUAAUAAAAUUAUUUAAACAUAUAUUUGUUCUAACUACUUUGAAACUGUUUGACAUAUCUAUCAGAUAGUACUAGGUACUAUGCACCGUACACUAAAUUAUGUCAAAUAGUGUCCAAAAUUUUAAAUAAAAUAACCUGUAAUGCAGUAAGGAAGCACGUUUUAUCUAAUUUAGGUAAAAUUUUGAGCUAAAGAUACAGCAAUUGAUAUAUUAAUGGAAAUCCCUGUAUAAAAAAAGAGAAAGGGAUACAAAUUUGUUUGGUUAAUGUUGGUAGUAGUUUCACAAAAAGUUUAAUUGUGUAAAACUAUUAGAAAUGCAUAAAAUAUAAAACAAAUUCGCGUAAAUAGUAUCUUGUAUUAGCGAAACUGAAAAGUAAUGUCAUUAUGUUUCAAUAUUUUACCCCCCCCCCUCACCUAUCAUGCCCCCUUAUCAAUGCUAAUCACGGCACCAUCCAUAGCUCGCCUUCCAGUUCCAAAGUUUUAAUCAACUCCCAUAACUGAUUACAUUUUUAUUAUUCAAAGUUAAUUUUGCAUUAUAGACAUAGAACUAGACUAUCCGUGGUUCCUUCUUCCUUCUGUUCUUAUCAACUUCUUUUGGACCCAUUUUGAGAAGAUUUAGCUCAUUUUUGCUAAAAAUCAAAUACUUUUUGGAUCUACCAAUACAUCAAAGUUCAGGAUGAUCUGGUCCGGAUAGCUACCAAUAGAGAGCUUCUCCCGUUCUAACACCCUUCCUUGCAGGAGCAGCUCCUAGCCAGUGCAAGGCGUUUAUGCCUCUUCAUUUCAUUUGAUUCUUGUAUGACCAGAAACCCAUACAGUAGGUGCUUCUUGAGGUGGAAGUUUCUUAUAAGAAAGUUAAUGAAGGUUCAGAAAUAUAUCAAAAUUUUGUAGAACCCGAUUUAAAAAAGAUUAACACCUUUCGUUAGAUACUUUCUGGGUCGAUAGAAACCUGUGCGAAGGUCAGUGAGUGAUUGGGUCAUAGAAUACAAAAUUCUGAAGAAACUUUUUGAAGUGAAGAGCUUUUUGUUUAUACUGUAAAAAAGUUGUGGCCCGUUUUUCUGGUCUAUUAUUUGAUUCCUGUUUGACAUUGACAAUUCUUUGGAACUCUUAUAUAAUCCCCAGUGAUAAAAAAACUAAGUUGUGAAUGAUUUACAAAUAUGCUGAAAGAAUUCUUCAUUUGUCUACUUCUUUGAAAGUAUACAAAGUGCUGAAGAAUAUGUAAAUUGCUUAUCAGUUUCAAGCAGUCAUUUUGACACUUUUAUCAAAUAUAUCAAAGUAUAGACUAUUUUGAUACAUCUUAUUUUUUUAAAUAUGAGAAUGAGCUUAAUAUACAAGUGCCUAUCCAUAGAGUUUACAAAAUUUUUUAUUGUUAUUUUUUUUAUGUACCUUUACAUACAUAAAACAUUUUGACAACAAAAAAUAUCAAGGGUUCUAUUACUAAAAUUAAUUAAAAAUAUUGUGGAAUUUUCAUUAUAUUUGCUAUUUAUAUAGUUUUUGUUAAAUUUCUCUAAUAGGGCUGUGGUUUCUAAUACAACGAUUUUUUAAAAAUUUUUUUUUUGCUUGUCGACUAGAUAUUUUUAUAUACACUAAUAUAUAUACAUACAAAAAAAAAGAGAAAAAAAUAUUUUCAUUUAAUAUAGAAGCACUAGAUAGUUUAGGAUAAGUACAAAGGAUUUUUAUCAAAAUGAAAUCAAUAAUAACAUUUAUUUAAAUUUAAAGAAAAUUUUCAAAAAAACAUUCUUAUAGAUAUUCUCAACAGAAAUUAUCAAACGUUUCAUAUCAUUGGAUCAGUUAUAUAUAUAUAUAUAUAUAUAAAUUUGGAUUCAAAAGAUCCUAUGACAUUAUCCGACACCUAAUUGCCACUUUGAGUAACAAAUAAUUUCUAUAUCCAUGAUAAGUCUUAUUUUCUUUCUGUUCAUAUACCAAUCAUUGCAUUGUUGAUCUUCGGUUUUCAUUAUUUUGUGGUAUAAUUUAUAUAUUUAUAAGAACUUCCCUUAAUUUUGAUAUUGGUAUGUUAUCGUAGGCCUUUUGUAAAUCUAUGAACAUUAGGGUAUCCAAAGAAAACGUGUGAAACAAAAAAAAAUAGUCUGUAUAAAGAGGCGAUUAUUUAAUACAAACACGGAGUUUAUAUUAAAAGUUGUGAGAAUAGUUCAAAUAGUUGAGGAAAAUUGAGUUUUGCAAACAUCAAAGUUCAUUCUGGAACUAAUUAAGUGUUUCGCAACUUUUUACACACUUUUCAAUUUAUUAUUUACAGUUACAUGUUAAAUAAUAAAUUUUCAAUAAAUAUAUAAACAUGUAAAUUGCGAAAUUAGUGCAAAUUUAUAAUCUAUUAUUUACUUAAUUUUUGGCAUUUGAAGAAUUUAUUUUAUCUGUUAUGUAAUUUUGACCAUCUAUAAUCAAUUAUAUCAAUUUAUAUUGUUAUUUUUCUAUAAUUAAUGUAAAUAUAUACCAUAAUUAUUUUUCUGGGUACUUAAGGACUAAAAACAAUAAUGAAACUUAAAUAUUUUCAAAACAUAGUAUUAUAUCUUACAUAUUUUUUCUUAGAAUAAUAUUUAAAGUGCUUUCAUUGUAUUUUAUAUAUAAAAUUUUCAUGUUACUUAGUGCCAUUGUUUAUAUUUGUACAUUGUUUGUACCUGUUAAGAGCAUAUUAUACUGAUGCUAACAUGUGCCUUAAUAAAAAUAGUUAUAAAAACCUUGACGCUGUAUUUUUUAUUCUUACCCCAACGCUGUAUUUUUUA